UUCCCACCUUGAAAUGUUCUGGAGGCUGUUUUUCACUGUUCUGUGUGGAUUUGUGCCUGCAGUCAGGUCACACCUGGAUCAGCACUGGAACCUUUGGAAGAAAACGUACAGUAAAACGUACUCCCAUGAGAUUGAGGAGUUUGGUCGCCGACGAAUAUGGGAGGAAAACCUGGAGAUGAUUAGCGUCCAUAAUCUGGAAGUUUCCCUCGGCUUGCACUCCUAUGAGCUGGCAAUGAACCACUUGGGUGACCUGACCAUCGAGGAGCUCAUUGCGUCUCUGACGGGUACUGUCGCACCAGUUGGCCUGGAGAGAAUUCAUUAUGAUUUGGUUAAAAUAAACACGUCUGUGCCUGAAUCUGUGGACUGGAGGGAAGGAGGACUGGUGACUUCGGUCAAAACACAGGGUCGCUGUGGUUCUUGUUGGGCGUUCAGUGCAGUCGGGGCCCUGGAGGGCCAACUAAAAAAAACUACAGGCAUCCUAACGUCCCUCAGCCCACAGAACCUGGUGGACUGUUCCACCAAAUAUGGCAACUAUGGCUGCAAAGGUGGCUUCAUGUCAAACGCCUUCCAGUACGUCAUAAAAAACCAGGGCAUCUCCUCUGAUGCUGCUUAUCCCUACAUCGGAAAGAGAGACAAAUGCAAGUACGACUCAAAGCACCGAGCUGCCAACUGCACCGGAUACAACUUCCUACCGAAAGGAGAUGAGUUUGCACUUAAAGUGGGUGUGGCUACCAUCGGCCCCAUUUCUGUUGCAAUUGAUGCUUCGAGGCCCAAGUUUCUCUUCUACAGACAUGGUGUGUACAAGGAUCACUCAUGCAGCCACAACGUGAACCACGGAGUUCUGGUUGUGGGGUACGGCACGGAGAAUGGAGAAGAUUAUUGGCUGGUUAAAAACAGUUGGGGCGAACGCUACGGAGAUGGAGGAUACAUCAAAAUGGCUCGGAACAGACGCAACCAGUGUGGCAUCGCUCUCUAUGCUUGUUUCCCGGUCAUGUGAUCAGGAUUAGUGCUUUUGAAUCUGUAUGAUGCAUUUAAAAUGUUUUUCUGUGUAUUGGUUUUAAUAAUUCACUGAAAACACGUUUCUUGGAAUAAAAUGUAUUUAAAUUAAA